AGUACUUUACAGAGAGGUCUGAAGCUAGACUGAAAAAACAAGAUCCUCUUCGUCAAGAAAUAUACAGCAGAAAGUUAACCCAUCACGGAAGUCAUGGCUAAGGGCGCAAUAACAAAAAAGAGAAAGGCUCCCUCGAUUCACUCGCGGGUUGCAAGACGUGCUACGUCCCCAAGUAUCGAUACGGACAAGUCGCUGAAGAAUAUCCAGCCUCCUGCCGAAUCAGUAGACUAUCGCCCUUCUGUGCUUGCCAUACACCAGGGAGCGGGAGUUUCGAAAAAGGCCAAAAAGGGUAGAAAUAUGAGCUCUAAAGCAAGGAGGAGGCACGAGAAAGAACAGGAUCGCGCUGCAAAUAUUAUGGAGAGGACGGAAAAGAAGAUUGCCAAAAGCAAGGGUCAAGCUCGGGCAAUACAAUCACGAAGCAAAGCUUGGGAUGAGAUUAACAACCAAAUACCCACAAACAAGAGUGAACCUCAAAGAGAGGUAGAUAACAGAGAAGAUGAAGUAUCCGAAUUCGACGAAGAGAUGGAUGAUGCCCAGUCUGGCGAGGUCCAGAAUGGUGCUACGUCGGCAGACAAGGUUCCUCUACAAGAAGUAGAGGAUGAAGAUGAGAUCCUAUGACCUUUCUAUGACCUUUGGGAAUCAAUCCGGGUGGAACAUUCAUCAUUCUGGGCGUUAUUGGCGCAGGAGGGAAAAUUCAUCAUUCAUCAUUUGUCGGUUACAAGAUACAUAGUGAGGUACCUCGUCCAUUCUAAGACAGGACAAAAAGAACUUAACAAACAAUGCGAUAUAGAAGUUCCAUUGUUACCCAAGGUAAUCCGAGUGUUCAAAUAUGAAGGUACCUCUAACCUACCUG